AUGGUUGUGGUUGACCCUGGGCUAUUCGUCAAGACGGAACGGUUGCUGCUCCGCCCGCUGCGCAUGGAAGAUGCAGAUGACGUAUUGGAGAUGCGCAGGCAUCCGGAGGUCAUGAUGCAUACAUCUACUCUCCCCUCGGACAACAUUGAAGCUACAAAGGCAUGGAUACAAGGUUGCCACCAGGUUGAACACAAUUGGAAUUUCGCAGUCAUCUUGUCGGAGCCUCACGAUGGUCCACGCGUCAUUGGCCUCAUUGGUGCUGUCCGCGCUCCCGAAGUAGGAUACAUGUUCAAUGCUUCAUACUGGGGGAAAGGAUACGCCACGGAAGCAUUACGUGCGUUCAUGCCCUUGUUUUUCGAACACUAUUCCGGCAAUUGCAUUGCAGAUUACCGGGAUGAAGAUGCAGAGGGCCCAUCAAGCAACGGGAGUGCACAAAACGGGAACGGCACCAAUGGCUGCACGAGCAAUGGGAAGCGGUUGGCACCGAGAUAUGAGUACGCAGAAGCACACACGGACCCGGAGUUGGUCUCAAGUCAGAAUGUGUUGAAAAAGGUUGGCUUCAAGCUACAUGAGAGGAAGAAGAAUGAUUUUGAGAACCCGAUUUUAGGGAUGAGAGAUACAUUGGUCUUUAGAUUUUACAGGUCUUCUUUAUGA